AUGACAGAAUCUCGUGAAAACUGGACAUCACGAUCAGGUUUUAUUAUCGCAGCUGUUGGAUCGGCUGUCGGUUUAGGUUUGCCACUGUUAUUUUUAGACUAUGCGACAGGGCAUAAAAGCAAUACUUCACCUCCUAAAGCCUAUCGUGCUUUAUUUAAAGGGGGCGAAACUUUAGGUUGGUGGCAAGUCUGUGUCUGUAUCAUUAUUGGUUUGUACUAUGCCAGUGUACUGACAUGGGCCGGUAGUUAUGUUUAUUUUUCUGUAGGUCAAUUGUGGGGGAGUGAUCCUGAAAACUUCUUCUUCAAUACCUAUUUACAAACUUCAAAAUCAACAAGUUUUGAUUUUCAAUUUGUUGGUCAUUUAUUUUGGCCAAUUGUGGGAAUUUGGGCAUUAACGCUGAUCAUCUUAUUUGGUGGUGUGAAAAAAGGGGUUGAAUUAUCCAAUAAAAUUUUCAUGCCUUUACUGUUUAUUUUGUUCACUAUUCUUGUUAUUCAAGCGUUACGUUUACCAGGUGCAGUCCAAGGUUUAAAUGCUUUCUUUACACCGAACUGGGCAGCAAUGUGGGACUAUAAAGUAUGGCUUGCAGCAUUUGGUCAUACUUUCUUUUCACUCUCUGUUGGCUUUGGGAUCAUGGUGACUUAUGCCUCGUAUCUUAAACCAAAAACCAAUUUAACAGGCUCGGGCCUCAUUGUUGGUUUUGCCAAUGCGUCUACUGAAAUCCUUGCGGGUAUUGGUAUCUUCGCGGCACUGGGCUUUAUGGCAUUUUCAGCAGGCAAGCCUGUAGAUCAAGUGGUCAGUGGUGGUAUCGGCUUGGCAUUUAUUGCUUUCCCUAAAAUCAUUUCAAGUUUAGGGACUGGUGCGGAUUUAUUCGGUUUACUGUUCUUCUCUUCUUUAUUUGUUGCAGGGAUUUCUUCAAUGGUGAGUAUCCUUGAAGUGCCGAUUGCAGCGAUGCAAGACAAGUUAAAAUGGGGACGUAAAAAAGCCGUAAGCAUCAUUGGCGGUGGUAGUGCACUGGUUUCAAUUUUCUUAUUCUCUAGUGUGAAUUCGAUUAAACUGGUAGAUAUCGUCGAUCACUUUAUAAAUAACAUUGGGAUUAUUGGCGGUGCAUUAUUGUCAAUUAUUUCGAUAGCGUGGUUUAAACGUUCAGCAUUGAUGGAGUUACGUGAUCAUGUGAAUCGUAUUUCAACUGUGCAACUUGGUAAAGGUUGGGAUUUCACUUUAACUGUAAUCACAUCUUUAAUUUUGCUGGUCACUUUAACUAUGACCGUUUUUAGCUUGAUUAAAAAUGGAUACGAUACCUAUAGUUCAAGUAUGUUGAUGUUCUUUGGUUGGGGCAGUGUGAUUUUCUGUGCUGUUAUUGCUUUAGUCCUUAGCAAAAUGAAAGAUCGAUAG